AUGGCUGAAAAAUAUGACGAGCUGCAGAAACAGAUGAAGGACAAGUCAGUGGACCCUGCCAAGUACCUUCCUCGAGUUAGUGAGGAAAUUAAGAAAGAUGACAGCAAGGAGUUCGCCAAGGCCUGCAAGUAUGAACUCAUGGACGACAUCAUAGACAGAGUCAAGGCAGCGAAAAACAAGCAUGAGAAACUUAUGGUUGAACUAUGCAUCGAAUAUAUGAAGAAAAAGACGCAGAAAUACUACGAACUGGCCAAGGAAAUAUUUGACGAGAAAGCAGUGGUUAGGUGGAAGGGUCAUGAGGAGGCCAUUGAGCAGAUGAUUCGAAUCCUGGAGGAACCCAUAGAAUGGGAGCCCACUGACCGAGAGAAGGAAAACAUUCACGAAAAACACGUCUCUUGGGACAAUCAGGGACGCGCACUCAAGGAUGCAGUCGAGAAGAUGAUCGAAGCUUGCAGUCGUGACAAGAUGAUCAAGAAAGUUGCUCCAUCUUUCGGUCGCCUUCUUUCGUCAGCCAUCAAGAGCGGUUCAGACAUGCACAUUGUGGUGGCUAUCGCCAUAGUAGAAACAAGCGAGAUGGAAUGGGAGGGUAACGAAAAAUUGAUUCCUGGUAUCCUCGAAGCCUUUGACAAGUGGCUACGACGAGACGACAUCGACUUGGAAGAAAACCUUGACCACAAAUGCUUAGCAGGGACCGUUAUAAGUAAUCUCCAUGAACAUGCUGGUAAAUCUAGCGUGCCUCAUUUAAAAAGUCUCAUGGAAUAUUGCAUGGACCAGGAGCUUGAAAGCGAUCAUGUUUGGUCCCUUUCAGUGCAUGGGGAUAUUCUCUGUAACAUCAUUUUUGGAUUCAUCUUGAGGAAUACUGAAAAGUUAAAGAUCUUCAAGGACCUUUUGCCUUACGUGGUGAAGCUGCUCUUGGGUGACGUCAAAGAUUUAGAGAACGUGGCCGCGUAUGCCAUAGGAACUGUCUACGAGAAUGGUGAACUACUGGCUCCGUAUGGUGAUGACAUAGCAGAUGCCUAUCUGGAAAGUGAAGAUAUCUGGUGCGAAAAAACAGACGUUGGUAGUGAGUAG